CGUCAAAGUCGAAUGUCAUCUGUUGAAUGAAAACCGUGUUUGUUAUUACUCAUCCUGUUCAGUAAUUUUAUAAGUUCUGAAAAAAAGUUUACAAUAUUUUGAGUGGGUUGUUUUAUUUUCGUAUUUUUAUUUCUUUAAGAAGAUGGUAGAUAAACUAGUGAAUAGUGAAGCCAAUACUAGGCGAAUUUCAAUGGUGGAGAGUUGCUUUGGAAGUUCUGGACAGCCUUUAGGAGUUCCCGGUAGAGUGUUGGUUGGUGAAGGUGUACUCACAAAGAUGUGCAGGAAGAAACCAAAAACGAGACAAUUUUUCCUGUUCAACGACAUCCUCGUUUAUGGCAAUAUUGUAAUAAAUAAGAAAAAAUACAAUAAACAGCAUAUAAUUCCCCUAGAAGAAGUAAAGUUAGAAAGUUUAGAAGAUGACAAUCAAUAUAGGAACGGAUGGCUGAUAAGAACCACUUCGAAAUCUUUUGCGGUAUAUGCUGCUACAGCUACUGAGAAGACUGAGUGGAUGGCCCAUAUAAAUAAAUGUAUUGAAGAUCUUUUGAGGAAAAGUGGCAAAAAGGCAGUGGAAGAACAUGCAGCGGUAUGGGUUCCGGAUGUGGAAGCGCCAAAUUGUAUGCAUUGUAAAAAAACGCAGUUCACAUUAAUAAACAGAAGACAUCAUUGUAGGAAAUGCGGUGCUGUUGUUUGUGGACCAUGCUCAAAUAAAAGAUUUUUACUGCCAAAUCAGAGUUCAAAGCCGCUCAGAGUUUGUCUGCAUUGUUAUGAUAUUCUCACCUCAAUUAAGUCAAAUAAUUCCAAUGAAGUGCCCCAAAAAGAUCGGAUAAACGCUGAUACUUCUGGAGAAGAAGAUUCAGACGAUGAUGAGGAAACUGCAAAAGGACAUUUAGAAUCUCCAAAAUUCUACGGCGACUGUGUUAAACAAGAUGAAACUCAAUAAUACCUGCUGACACAAGAUGUUUAGUCAACUUAUUUAUAUACAAGUAUUAUUUUUAUGGAUCAUACUUGAACUAAUAUUUAUGUUAUUUAAAAUUGCAUUUAUUCUCGUCAAAGAUUAUCAUUGAAACACAUUUUCUUGAUGAAAUGUUUACUGAUACACAUUUAACUAUUGUAUCUUGUAUAACCUUCAACCAUCAAUGGUCAUCUUGUCAAGAGAAUAAUUGGAUUUAUUGUCGCACUUAUGCUUUGUUGAAUAUUCUGUUAUUCCAUGAUAUGGAGUUGAAAAAAGAUAUAUAUAUAUAUAUAUACAUAUAUAUUUAGGUACAAAAUAUAUUCUUACAUUACUCAAAUACUUGCGGGUAAAAUAUUUCAUUUCAUAAUUUUGCUAUUUCAUGAAUCAUGUUUGUUUUAAAAAUCAUAAUUACCCUUUCGAUUUCAAAUCAACACAAAACAUGAUAUCUUUUGUCCAUAUCAAAUCCAAAUUAGCAUAUACCUUUCACAUAUAACAUGUUUUUACAGGUUUUUUUUAUAACAAUUUCCGCAAGACGUUGAAAAUAUGUAAAAUAUUUUAGUUUUGAAUUUUAAGUCCAUAAUAUAUUCUUUAUUCGAUAUAUUAUUAUAUGGUUUUUUUCAAUAAUUAAAUAGAUAGAUAGGUUUUAUAUGAUAAAGUAAUGAAAUAAAUACACUUUGAAGUAUUUCA